GGUGGGCGCUUUCCCGUGAUCCUUCAGGGCCCGCGAACUGAAGAAUCUGACUGCGACCACAGAUUUUUGUAUGACACCUCAGCAUGACUUGCGUCAGCAGACCUGGAUUCGUCUUAAGUGACAGCGACUCAAGUGGUUCAGAAGAGCUGCCUGUGUUCAAUUUCUCCCAAUCAAAAACCAGACAGAACAACUUGGUGGUUUUAGACAGUUCAACCUCAGAAAUGGCUCCUGUUGCAAAUCCAGUUUCAUUUCUGAAGGUCCAAACUUCUGUUGGAGCAACUAAAAGUGACGUGUUGAUGGUCAGCAGUGACAGCGAGGAGGAGGAGGAGCCUAUGAUUCCCUUAGCUGUGAGACUCAAACAGAAACAGUGUGGUCUGGCUACAUCCGCCACCAAUGCAGAGCAGAGCCGGGCUUCCAAUGCAGUUUCAAAUGGAUGUUCACGCCUCUUAGAUGUUCCAGCAUAUCAUAUCAACCCCGAGGCCCAGCCAGUUGAACGUAACAAGAUCUGUAGCAACAUAACAAGGCAGUACAGCUCAAACAACGAUGCACCAUACCUUACAAAAGAACCUGAAGCAGAGAAUGGCACUUACCUGGCCAAACGCAAGAAAACCCCAGCAGAAGUGGAGGCUGCCAGACAAGAAGCCCUGAGGAAAAGAGCAAUUCGAGAGCACCAACAGGAAGAGAAGGAGAGAUUGAGGAUGGAGAAGAAAGCUCUGGCUGAUGCUGUGAAAGCCCUAAGGCCAGAAGAGUGCAUCAAACACACGGUGGUGACGGUCGACCCAGGCCUGCUGCAGCUGGAAGGUGGCGGCGCUCUCCUGACUUCUCUGCAUGCCAUGGGCUGCAACUGUGCCAUAGAGAAGCAGUCUCUUCCUCGCAGUGUCACCUGGGCGAGACGCUCGCCCUGCCCUCAGAGUGGUGAGAUGAAGUCUUUUCCGGAGUCACAUACUGUCAUCCAAGUUCCAGUGGAUGACUUUGUGACCAUGAUUAACAGCUAUUGCAAGAGGCAAAGCAGCAGUGUUUUGACUGAUACUGGGAUAUCGCUGACUGCCUGGAUACAAGGACUUAUGAGCAGGAAUCCAGGCAGAACCCUCAGUCUAGUUGUGAUUGACAUAGAGAAGUACUUCAGAUCCCAGAAUUCAAAAUGUCAGAAGAAAUACCGUGAGGCAGUGCUGGGCGAGGAGAAGAAUGUGGGACUUCAGGGAGGGCAGAAAAAGAGAAGAAAGAAAGACGAUAUCAAUCAGCUUCCUGAGGUCUCGCGAGUGCAGGUGGAGGAGGCUUUGGUAGACCUGCAGUUGCAAACCGGGGUGCAAGUUCGCUUCCUCUCUACCUGGAAAGACUUCACUGAUUAUAUUACCAUGUCAACCAAAGCAGUAGCUGAGGCGCCGUUCAAGCGGGAGCGGGAGAAGACGGGAUUUACGUUUUGUUUGGAGAGUGAGUGGGCUGGGGGUCAGAAGGUAGACCGCACAGGGAACGGCCUUCUGCAAGUUUGGAGGAGACAAAUACAGCAGUUGAACCGCGUCAGCCUUGAUAUGGCCAGUGCUAUACUCAGUGCCUACCCCUCUCCUCGGCUCCUUGCUCAGGCAUACACACGGUGCAGAUCUGAAAAGGAAAAAGUUGCUCUCCUGUCAGACUUACUCAUUCGUCGUGGAGAGGGUGUGACAUCUACAACCCGCAGAGUCGGUCCAGAACUUUCCAAACGAGUGUAUCUUAUGAUGACCUCAAGUGAUGACCAGCAACCCCUCGAUUCUGCAUGAUUCUUGUAGAGUAUAUAAGGUCAAAUGACAAACUAACUGUGAUGUAUGUCUUACAUUUUUGAUGCAAAGUCAGUUUGCUUCAGUUAUUUAUAAGCUAUUUUGAUGGACUUAUUUUGAAUUUUCUGAAUUGUUUUCUUAUUAUAAAUCAUUUCUAUUAAAUACUUCUUAAAGUACCCUUAAAAACAUUUUACU